CACUAUUCACCAAACCACUAUUUAUCACUACUGAUGAAUGCUUAUACAUUUACAGUGUAAUUCUACGUUUUAUCACGCAGUAUUUCUUUCUUCUUGAAACGCUAAAGAAUUUUGAGAAGUGCGUUUGUUUUUAAUUUGAUAGUAGUGGGUCUAUCCGUGGCGGAGGGAUCUGUGCAACGAGUCCAGCGCCCAAACAAGGAGAAUUAAGAGUUAAUACGGUCUCCCCGCUCUCUCUCACUCAGACACAUCAACCGAGCAGACCCAAAAGCGCGAACGUGUGCAGUUCUCUCACUAUGGGUGCGCGGGGACAUUUGUGAAUAAUUACCGGAGUUUGACACGUUUGUAGACGAGGAAUCGAAAUCGUUUUGCGAUCGUUCGUGGGAUUUUCGCGCGGAGUCCCACUCCUAAAUACAUUUUUGAAGGGAAUCCGCUGUUCUCGGUGAAGGACGGAGUGCCGGUGUUUUCCGGUUCGAAGCACAGUUACGCAUCGCAAGGACUGAGAAUCGUUUUGAGAAGGCGACAAAAAAUGUUACUGUCCAAGUUUGGAUCUUUUUCUCAUAUUUGCAACACGACCAACAUCGACCACUUGCCGGUGAAAAUUCAACUUCAAGCAGCCAAGACCGAAAGGGAGCCGUUUGACAAGGUUUAUGAAGUGGGCUCGGUGCUGGGAAGCGGCGGCUUUGGGACAGUGUACGCCGGUUCUCGGCUCUCAGACGCGUUGCCGGUUGCGAUAAAACACGUCGCUAAGGAGAGAGUGACCGAAUGGGGUACGAUUAACGGCUCGCUGGUUCCACUCGAGAUCGUUUUGUUGAAGAAAGUCGGGAGUACGUUUCAGGGGGUCAUUAAACUCAUCGAUUGGUAUGAGAGAGCCGACGGCUGGCUGAUUAUAAUGGAGCGGCCGGAGAUGGUGAAGGAUUUAUUUGACUUCAUCACGGAGAAAGGCGCGCUGGACGAGGACACCGCCAGGCGCUUCUUCAGACAGGUUUUGGAGGCGGUGCGGCACUGCUACAGCUGCGGGGUGGUUCAUCGGGAUAUCAAAGACGAGAACCUCCUGGUGGAUUUACGCACCGGAGAUCUCAAGCUCAUUGACUUCGGCUCCGGGGCCAUCCUCAAGGACACCGUCUACACAGACUUUGAUGGCACGCGAGUGUACAGUCCUCCCGAGUGGAUACGUUACCACAGGUACCACGGACGCUCGGCAACCAUUUGGUCCCUUGGCGUCCUACUGUACGACAUGAUGUGCGGCGACAUCCCGUUUGAGCAUGAUGAGGAGAUUCUGAGAGGACGGCUCUUUUUCAGGAGAAGAGUCUCUCCAUUUUGUCUCUUUUGUCUCUAG